AUUGGAAGUAAUAAAGAGCGAGGGACCAUUAAACCCAAAAGACGCCACGCUGGGACUUGAUGUGGAUUCACUGACAGAACGCAAGAGAACUUGUCCGGCAACAUGGAGAGAAAUACAGCUUUCCCCCUGUUCGCUGGCAAUCACAGUCACACCAACAGCACUUGCUCCCGUGAUAAUGUUUUGAAGAAUGUGGUUUUUCCCAUUCUCUACUCCUUUCUUUUCCUGGUGGGAAUGUUACUCAAUGGUCUGGCAGUGUGGAUAUUUCUUCGCAUUCCCUCGCAGUCUCACUUCAUCAUAUACCUGAAGAAUAUUGUGGUUGCAGAUGUCAUCAUGACCUUCACGUUCCCUUUCAAGGUGUUGUCAGACUCCAACAUGGCGUCCAUUGGCCUACGGAUAUUUGUGUGUCGAGUUUCCUCCGUGCUUUUCUACCUCAGCAUGUAUAUCAGCAUCCUCUUCUUUGGCCUCAUCAGCAUUGAUCGCUGCAGAAAGACCCUUAACCCAUUUAAGGGCACUAAUUCAACCCGGCUGAAACAUCGAAAACUCCUUUCGGGAGCCAUCUGGACUUUCUUUGUAAUUCUCUGUCUUCCCAAUGUAAUUCUAACAAGUAAAACCCCGACUUCUCGAUAUUUCCAGUGCAGCAAACUGAAGACAGAGGGGGGGCUACGUUGGCAUGAGAUAGUGAAUCAUGUCUGUCAAGUGAUUUUCUGGGGCAACCUGUUAACUGUGAUAGUUUGCUACACUCUAAUCACCAAAGAGCUGUACCGUUCCUACUCCCGCACAAAGUCUCACAGCACCGGAGGCUUGAUAUCUCAAGCUGCAAAUCGGGAAACAGUUAAAAAGCCUCGCAAGGCCAAAAGAAAAAUUAAUGCAAAUGUGUUCCUGGUUCUGGCAGUGUUCUUUGUGUGCUUUGUGCCAUUUCACUUUGCCCGAGUGCCAUACACAAUAAGCCAGACCCGAGCCAAAAGCUUUGACUGCAAACUCAAGCUCUUCUUCUUUCAGCUGAAGGAAAGUACACUUUUCCUCUCAUCCCUGAAUUCUGUCCUGGAUCCUCUCAUCUACUUCUUUCUCUGUAAGUCCUUCAGGACCACUCUGUUUAAUACCCUGCACCUACUUCCUGGUACUUGUAGCUGGCUAACAGGGAGAGGAUCAGAUACCGACACGUGCAGCUCCCCUCAGGGAAACUCCACUGCUAGUACAUAAAAUCACUGGACCUGAGAAAGACAUGAAGGCAUUUAUAAUGACGUAUAGUAAAGAAGUCAACUAAAUCCAAAUUCAACUGUAUGACAUAGUGCAAGGGACAGAUAUAGUGAUCUAAAGCCUGUCACUGGCUGUAGAAGAGUAAGCCAUGGCCCAUAGCAUUGUAAAUUACACUAAACCAUAUAUUUGAUUUUACACUGUCUUUGAAAACCGAAUCAGCAUUACCACAACGAGAAGCUGAAACGAAUCAACACACGUGUGCAGUGUUGCCGAUGUUUGAUGCUUUUCCAGUCUUCUUCUCUAUCACUUUUUCUUACUUCUUCUUUCUACUUCUGUUGAAGUUGGACAUAACAAAAAAAAAAAAAAAAAAAAGAAGUUGAACAUAACAUUUUGGGGGGGGGUUUUAUUCUCACACUGCCAACAAAAGAAGAAUUGAGAAGCAGUCAUAAUACUAACUUUAAGACUUAUCUUACUGUGAAACUAUAGUAAAAAUCUGUAUAAUGAACCCUAAGUUUUAUAUGCAAUCGCCUGUCGGUACACUGUGAUGUCUUUAUGCUGCAUGAGGGUGCAUGCUGCUUGCAUUAGCACUGAGUGAGAUUUAAGGAUAAGUAAACCAUAGAGCAGGUUAUGCAGUCUUGUUUUUAUUUUUAUUAUUGCUAUUCUAAAGCAUCAAAUGAAUUACAAUGAAACUGAGGCUGGAAUAGACAUAUCAGGGAUCUCCAAAAACAAGCGUUGCUUUCUGUCAUAACUGCAUAGCAAAAAGAUAGUUGUUUAAAAGGUUUGCAGAAACACAUUAUGAAACAACAAUAAAGGAAGUCAAGUUUCAAUUACAGCUUUUCUGUGGCUUU